AUAAACCACAACUCAAAGGUGUUGUUCGCAUAUCUGCUGAGAAUUUCGGUGAGUAAUCUUGGUGUCGUUACUUCAACCUUUGCUGAAAAACCUCAACAAUGGUAAGUUCUCCAUGCCUUGAAAGAUUUUCACACCGUACAUGCCGCUGUUUCUCCUUAGUAGAAUUAGAAUCAAAGUUUUUCACUUUUACUUGUAUUGAGAUGAUAAUGAAUGUAUAUAGUUUUGUCAUGUAUAUAUAUUAUUCCGUAUCUCGAAUCAAAGAUAAAGAUUACAGUACGCGACGAGUAUGCGCUUAUCUCGGGCAGAAUAUUUCACAAGUCUAAUUCAAGACUGAGAACGAAUACAGCUAUAGUACUUCUCGUUAUAGUCAAUUGGGAUUCGAUCGAUUUAAAAUCGAAACAUUCUGAGCGAUUCUGUCUAUAUUGUUCAACUAUAUUCCGCACUUAAAUUUUUCAAAAGGUCCAAACUCGCGACGCUCUAUUUCAGCGCUUAAACCCACAGUCCCAGGUUAAGGCGUUCAGUGGUUCAGACAAAGUCAUACGAGUUCUGGCUGUUUGAGGAUUUCUAUUCAAUUUUUCUCCUACAUAGCGUGAAUGCAUCUCAAUUCAUGCUGGCCAGGCCGGAGUUCAGAUGGGCAAUGCCUGUUGGGAGUUGUACUGUCUUGAACACGGAAUUCAGCCAGAUGGUCAAAUGCCAAGUGAUAAAACUAUCGGUGGUGGAGACGAUUCCUUCAACACUUUCUUCAGUGAAACUGGAGCAGGAAAACAUGUUCCUAGAGCUGUGUUUGUUGACUUGGAACCAACAGUUGUCGGUAAGAGAUGCCUUUGGUGUCUGGGUCGCUGCGCGUAGCUGUGUCUUAUUUUUUUGGGCGUGCAUACAGAGCACUACAUCCAGUCGUUUGUAGAGGUGCAUGUUUUUUCGGACACUAAGAUGUAUGGGAAACUAUGCUUAGUUGGCUUUUAUUUUAUUCAUAUUUGUGUAGUUCUAUAUGUUGCACAAAAGCAGCUGUCAAUGACCGUAUCGUAGAUUUUGCUUCGAUUUAAUUGUCACAUCCAUAUAUACAUGAUUUUUUUAUCACAGAUAAGAAAAAUGAAAUUGAUUAAAACUGAUAAUUUAUCACACUUGUACAGAAUCUGAUCUAAACUAAAUCGCGACAGUGCUCUAUAGGUCUUGCUAAAUAAAUAGAGUAUAGUUCCCGGCCAUAUAGUAUAUUAUCUCGAGCUGUUUACAGUAGUCCUGUUUGUUUCGCUUGUAUAUCUGAAAUACAUUCGAGAAUCGAUUAUCAGCGUUGUUCGAAAACUCAAACCGAGAUUAUUUUGUUUUUUGGCCUGGCGUAUAAACGCGCUAUAGAAUCUCGCCUAUACGAGGCCUCCGUUUCUCUCCUACAAAUGCAUGCAUAUAACUAAAGUAUAGUUUUUUGUUUCAGACGAAGUACGAACCGGUACAUAUCGACAAUUGUUCCACCCAGAGCAGCUGAUCACAGGCAAAGAAGAUGCUGCAAAUAACUAUGCUCGUGGUCAUUACACAGUUGGAAAAGAACUCAUUGAUCUUGUAUUGGACAGAAUUCGUAAAUUGGUGAGUCCAUCUGUUAAUCGUGCAUAAAUGACCAUGAACACAGUCCUGCAGGUUUUUAAUGCUUAUUAGCUCUGCUGCAAAAACGAGCUUUUAGGAUUGUAUAGGCUCGCUCGUCAGUGUUCCAAACUAAAAUUACUGUUACAAGCAAAACAGUAUUGCCUAAAGAAUGAGAAAGCAUCGACAGAGAAUAAAGAAUGAAAUAAUGGCGCACCAUGAAAAUACCGCAAAAUUUAUUCACAUGAUAUAUCAUUUACAUUACGUUAGAAAACAUCUGCUUGCAUCUCUACAGGACAACAGACCUCGUGUUUUUGAAUAAAAUCGUCGAAAUUUUGAAGUCAAACUGUUGAAAAAAAAUCCCAUGACGACCAUGCACACAAGUUUCUAAACCUCUUGCUUAUACUGUUAUAGUGACCAUAGCAACAACACAAUACUUUGUCUACAGGCUAAAGUUUAUUUUGUUCAAAAAUCACAUUGAGAAGCAGCGUUUUUCCCCCUAGAACUGUCAGUGUAGGUAUAGUGCUAAUAAUAACAAGCUUUCGUUGUUAGGGAUGCAACUAUUUCCCCUAUAGACCCACAGUGGAUGGUUGUAAAACAGCGUUUUAUAUCGAACUCGCGAGGCUGGCUUUGAAUUACAGUUCAGCAACCCGACACAACAGUAAUUCCUUUGUCUUUGAGAAGUUUAUUGAGUGAAAACGACUUUUGCUAUUGACGGAGGAAAUAGUACAGCGUCUCUAAGUCUUUGUCGUUUCAUCCUCAUUAAAAACUAAUCAGAUUUGUAUUAAUUUUUAAUGGUGUUAUUUCAUCUUUUGGACAAAGUAAAUUAUUCCAGCCGUUGCUUUCAUUGUCUUGUUUGGACAACAUAUUGCACGAACGUUCAUAUAUAGCCGUCAUGAGUACUAAAAUGCACCGAAUUGUAAACAACAGCGGCGAAUUUUUACAGUAAAAACCCCGUAUAGACGAGCAUGCAUGUCUUCCUUGUCAACUUACUAUAUACGGUCGACAUGAUUUCCUUGACAAGUUUUAUUGCUCGUAUAUGCACAGAAUGUUGUCAAAUUCAUCUCGCAUCAAGGCCACCUUUUGUUUGCCAAACCCAAAGUAUUUCUUGUACACUUGUCGGGUAUGACUAGCUUUGGUACUACAAGGUUCCUUGGCAAGGAAAGGCUGGCAAGUCUUUGCUGUACAUACAAGCAAAUAAAACUUGUCAAGAAAAACCGCUUGUCUGUACAGGGCGAUUUCGAUUUGACUUAAUGAGGAGGAAUAUUUUGCACGAUUUACAAGCCUUGUGCCAGUAUGUGAUGGGUUCUAUGAUCGCACGAUUGCCAUUAUCUUGACAAAAUACUUUUGAUAUAUAUUGUUUUAAUUGAAAUUAGUCAUGGCUGUUGACUCUGCUAAACUGCAUUCAUCCUGUGAUCCUACAGAACAGUAACAACAGAAAGCCAUUAUAAUAUAUAUGUACAACGUAAUAUAUAUCAACAACAUUUUAGUUAAGACAUCUGUUGAUGUGGCAGCCAUUCUUAAAAUGUCGUGAGAUUCUGUUCACCGAGUCAUAUAGCUAUGUGCUUACAGUUAACGCAGUUAACAGGAACCUUUGUAAUCACGUACCACAAGUAAUGGAAAUUUGUAGAACCUUUCGCACAAUAAGUGAGUGCGGAGCAAGCCAAAUUUGAAAUUUCCUGUAGUUGGUGCAGAUUAUUACUUGAUUCUUAAUCUUUUUAUUUAUUUUAGGCCGACCAAUGUACAGGUCUCCAAGGUUUCCUCAUCUUCCAUUCAUUUGGAGGCGGCACUGGCUCCGGAUUCUCCUCCUUAUUGAUGGAACGUCUUUCUGUUGACUAUGGCAAGAAAUCCAAACUUGAAUUCUCCAUUUACCCAGCUCCUCAGAUCUCCACCGCAGUUGUUGAACCUUACAACUCCAUCCUCACCACCCACACCACUCUUGAGCAUUCAGAUUGCUGCUUCAUGGUCGACAACGAAGCCAUCUACGAUAUUUGCCGCAGAAAUCUCGACAUCGAACGACCAACCUACACUAAUCUUAACCGUUUGAUUGGCCAAAUUGUUUCUUCAAUUACCGCCUCCCUGCGUUUCGAUGGAGCACUGAAUGUUGAUCUCACUGAAUUCCAAACCAAUCUUGUCCCUUACCCUCGAAUCCAUUUCCCACUCGCGACAUACGCUCCAGUUAUUUCUGCAGAGAAAGCCUACCACGAGCAACUGUCAGUUUCUGAGAUCACCAACUCGUGUUUUGAACCAGCCAAUCAAAUGGUGAAAUGUGAUCCACGUCAUGGUAAAUACAUGGCUUGUUGUUUGUUGUAUCGUGGUGAUGUCGUGCCCAAAGAUGUGAACGCCGCCAUUGCAACCAUCAAAACCAAACGUACCAUACAGUUUGUAGAUUGGUGUCCAACUGGUUUCAAGGUUGGUAUCAACUACCAACCACCAACUGUGGUACCAGGAGGUGAUCUGGCCAAGGUUCAACGUGCUGUGUGUAUGUUAAGUAAUACCACAGCCAUUGCUGAGGCUUGGGCAAGAUUGGAUCAUAAAUUUGAUCUGAUGUACGCCAAACGUGCUUUCGUUCACUGGUAUGUUGGUGAAGGUAUGGAGGAAGGAGAAUUUUCUGAAGCUCGUGAAGAUUUGGCAGCCUUGGAGAAAGAUUACGAAGAAGUUGGUGUCGAUUCUCAACCAGAAGACGGUGAAGAAGACGAAGAGGGAGAUGAAUAUUAACUUUAUUAACGUUAACAUUACAUGAAUCAACUUAGCUUAGUAUGGGGAUAGUGUAACAUUUCUGAUGUGUUUGAUAUUACCAACAUUAAAUUAUGCUCUCUAGCGAACAUGGCUUAAUGAAUCUUGUUUUGUUUUAUUGUGUAUCGUCGGAUUUUUGCACACGAAGGGCAAAAUGAGG